AUGCCGUCUCUGAACCGACUGAUUUUGCUGGCUCUCGCGUCGGUAGCGUUGGUCGUAUCGGUGGUCGGCGCGACAUUGACGCCCAAAGCGCCGAACUUUCAAUACUUCGAAAGACCCAAGUAUAGAUAUCCGUAUUACGACGAACAUGGCCGCGGCCGGCUUUUGUACGGAUACGGUGGACAGGACCUGUACCAAUACAAGUCGUACUCGCCCUUGGAGGGCAUUCACUGA